CCUCUACUACACAGACCCCCUUAUUGUAGGCUCUCGAUCUCCUCUGCUUCUUCGCCUCUCUCUCUCUCUCUGCAUCAUUUCCUCUCCAUGGAUUCCUUCCUUCCUUCUUUCAUUCUAUCCCCUGACCUACAUCGUAUCAUCCUCACUGCUCUAGCCUUCUUCGUAUCGGCCUUCAUAUUCCUAGUAUCCAAACGAAGCAAGUCAAUGAAGCGCCUGAACCUCCCUCCCGGUCCACCCGGAUGGCCGGUCGUUGGCAACCUAUUUCAGGUUGCCGGUUCAGGCAAAUUCUUCUUCCACUACGUAAGAGACAUUGUGUCCAUCUACGGCCCCAUAUUGACAUUAAAAAUGGGGACGCGUACCUUGAUCAUCAUCACUAGCCCCGAAUUAGCCCAUGAAGCAUUAAUCCAGAAGGGUCAGAUCUUUGCCAACCGGCCUCCUGAGAAUCCAACCAGGAAAAUCUUCAGUGCCAACAAAUUCACCGUUAAUUCUGCGGUUUACGGUCCGGUCUGGCGAUCUCUGAGGCGAAACAUGGUCCAAAACAUGCUUAGCACGUCCCGGGUCAAGGAAUUCCGUGGAACGAGGGAUUCGGCCGUAGACCGGCUAAUCGACAGGCUCAGUGCUGAGGCCGAGUCGAACCACGGGGUUGUAUCGGUUCUGAAGCACGUCCGGUUCGCCGUCUUUUGCAUCCUCGUGUCCAUGUGUUUCGGAGUGGACAUGGAUGGAGAUGAGAUCGAACGGAUAGAGAAGAUGAUGAAGACGGUAUUGAUCACUCUGGACCCUAGGAUCGACGAUUUCCUCCCUCUUUUAGCCCCUUUCUUCUCCAAGCAACGCAAGAGAACCAUGCAGGUCCGGGAGGAGCAGCUUAAAACGCUUAUCCCCUUCAUCGACGCACGACGAACAGCCUUGAAGAACCCUACAUCCAAUCGGACGCCGGCCUCAUUCUCUUACCUGGACACGCUCUUCGAUCUCAAGAUCGAUGGACGUAAAUCCGUCCUCACGGACGAAGAGCUGGUCUCGCUGUGCUCCGAGUUUCUCAACGGUGGGACCGACACCACAGCCACGGCACUCGAGUGGGCCAUCGCGAGGUUGAUCGAGAAGCCGGAGAUCCAAUCGAGGCUCUACGAAGAGAUUAAAUCAACGGUGGGAGAUCGGAAGGUGGACGAGAAGGACGUGGAGGACAUGGUGUACCUGAACGCCGUAACGAAGGAAUUGUUACGGAAACACCCUCCCACGUACUUCGCGCUAACCCAUGCAGUAACGGAGCAGGUCACGCUGGGAGGUUACGAUAUUCCCAUGGACGCCAACGUGGAAUUCUUCGUGUCGGGUAUAGGGGAUGAUCCGAAAGUGUGGUCCAACCCGAAGGAUUUCAACCCUGAUAGAUUCUUGCCUGGAAAUGAGGAUGCGGACAUGACUGGGGUGACGGGGGUGAAGAUGAUACCGUUCGGGGCUGGAAGGAGGAUCUGUCCGGGGCUGGGUAUGGCAUCGCUACACAUCAAUCUGAUGCUGGCGAGGAUGGUUCAGGAGUUCCAGUGGAAAGCGAUUCCCACCCAGAUGAUGUCAGAUUUUAGGGAGAAGUUGGAAUUCACGGUGGUGAUGGAUCCACCCCUCCAAGCUGUGAUCACAGCCAGGAAAUAGCUGAUGUCUGGUCAAUCCUCGCCGUCAAAAAAUAUCAAACUCCGGCCAGAUUAUAUGUUUCAUUAUUUUUUUUUUCUUGUAUUUUUAAAUAUAUAAUAAGGGAGAAAGAACGUUACCUAAUUGUGUGGCCAUAUGUCAGCAUGAGCCAAUGGAACCAUGUCAUCCAACUCGGGGUACGAUGGAUGAUGGCCGCUUCAGUGCCCUUGUGUCUGGACACAUGAGCAAACGACUGAUAACAUUCUUUUCUCUAUUUUUUUUUUUUCUUUUUAUUGCGUUCUUUUCUUCAUAUAUAAAAAAGGAGAAUGGUUGGAUGAAGGAAACAACAAAGAGAGAAUGAUUUUU